GGGCGCCGACGUCGCUGCGUUGGCUUCGUGGCCGAUGGUCGCUGCUGACGUUGGAGGAGCUGUCGGAGCCGCGUUAGUAGCGUGUAUGCGGGUCGUUGCCGGUCGUGUCCGCAGGACUGAAGGUGCCUCAGCAUGGAGCUGCCGCUCGGAACGGUCGUGAACCCGCACUACGCAUUCCCCAUCGUCGGCGUCAUUCUGUGCGCCCUGCUGGUUUUCGCCUUCGGUUUCAAGUCGCCCUGCCAGCCUCCCAGCUUUGGAAGCAUCGACGAUGAGAGCGACAAGAAGAAGAAGCGAAAGGCCAAGGAGUCUCAGAAGAGCAAAGCCCAAGCUAAUGGCCAUGCACCAACUGCAUCCCCGAAAGUCGUUAGCCAAGCCAAGCCCAAGGUAGAGAAGGCGCCCGCUGCUCCUACGAAACAGAAGACUGAGAAAACCGAUGCGAAGGCUGCCCAGCACAAAAAGCCCGCCCAAGCCCAGGAGAAGCGGCAAGUCAGUGCCAAGGGAAAGAAAGAAGCCGCUGCGAAAGUGGCAGAGGAGCCUGCACCGCAGGCUGCCGAGGACGCUGGAGACGGAUGGGUGCAGAAGCUGAGCAAGAAGGAAAAGAAGAUACGCCGCAAAGAGGAGGAAAAGACGGAGAAGACUGAGAAGAUCGGCGCCUCAGCUGACAAGGCCAAAGCGUUGGCCACUGAAGAAUCCAAGAGCCCUGCCCCGAAGCGCAAGAAGCAGGCCAAGGAAGCUGAGGCUAAAAAGGCUGAGCCGGCUGCUGAUAUACCAGCGGAACCUGUCGCCGCUGAGGCAGUCACUGCUGCUGAUCCUGAGGAACAUCCCAAGGAUCAAAGGAACAAGAAGAAGCCCAAGUCUCCUCCCACUGAGCCGGAGCCCGUGAAGAGCCCGACUAAAAAGGAGUCUGCUAAGAAGGACACUGCCAAGUCCGAGGAUGCUGCAACAAAAGCCAAGGCCAAGAGUGGCAAGACUGAGAAGAAGCAGGUCGAGGAUUCAAAGCCCAGCGAUACCGCCAAGAAGGCGGCACCACAGGAGAGCUCACCCGCAGCGGAACCUUCUGUGAAGCCAGCAAGCAGCCCAGAGACUGCAGAAUCAAAAAGCUCAGAAGUUGUCCCGCCUGCGGAGUCCAAUGUGGCUUUUGACGAACUCGGUGAUGCCUGGACGGAGGCCAAGCCCCAGAAGAAAAAGAAGAAGGCCCGCAAAGACUGAGAGCUGUGCCCUGCCUUCUUGCCUAGUCGCCCUGGAAUCCAGGUGAAGCGACCGUCUGCUUCGACGGGACCAAACUGCUGCCACUGCGUCGAAAAAAAAGUGUCCCCGUGGCUCCCACUGCGCGUUCGCUAGCUCCAGCAGCGAGACUGACGCAGCUGGCAUUGAUGUCCCCGAGCCAUCGUCCCUUUCAGUCUUGCGUGCAACAAGUGACUCUUUCUUAACUUUCUCUCGCUCGUGCAGUGAUGGCUUGUGCAGUGACGACUCGCGAGCCAGGCGAUGCGUCGGAGCUGCCGUCGUCAGCUGUGUCGCCACGGGGACGGCACGUGCCAGAAGUAUGCAAUGCGCGCUGCCACCACACCCUCAGCAGCUGUGUCCUUUUAUUCACAGUCCUUGCAUUCUUCCUUUUUUUCUCCUGCUGCGUGGUGUGGUAGUGGACACAAGAGAAGACUUGCUGCGUGGCCCCUCCCCUCUCCUCGUUUUGCCGUUGACGUGAACGAAUGCAAGCGCGUCGAACGCGUCCCCGCCGUGCGUUGCAAGGGAGUGAGAAAUCGUGGCUUUGCCCUUGCACCGGUGGGGAGAUGCUUGGGGGUCCGCACAUUGUGCGAACGUGUAACACAUAGAAGGAGGGCGGUGACCACUGUGUCAAUGUGUUUUGUUUGUUUUCCUCUCGACAUUUUUGUUAUUCCGAAGAGUUUUUAUUUACUCUGAGCAGGCCACUAUACAUCCCUGAACGGUUAACAGCCUUUACCAGUCGUCGUCGUCUUCAAAGGUCCCCGUGAGCGAAUGGAUCUCUGUGCACCAUUUGCAAAGGUCAACUCUGCUCAACAUUUUUUUCCUUCUUACACAUCCUCUUUUUACUUUCUUAUUCUCUCUCUCUCUCUCUCUCGCUUACUUUACACUCAGGCCUUUCCUUUUUUGUUUUUUGUUGUUGUUUUUUUAAUCUUGGGAGAGUAAAUGCUAUAUUUCAUAUUACGGUUGGUGGGUUGCAUUAAGAGUUUUUACUUUUGCUGGUGUUUAUAUGGGCACUGCCUUUUGCCACUAGUUUUUUUACUCUGACCUCCGUGAGAGCAGGGUUACGUGGCGGCUUCCACAUUUUACGUGCCACACUUUAUUCACAGACACGUGCAUAUUUUUUGUGCAGUCUCGUAUAUCUUUUCUUUUGUCCAGGAAGUUCUUGCUGAACAUAUAUACAUACAUAGUACUGGAGGAAUGACGGAAGGAGCGAUGGUUUUUAUGCAUUCCCUAUUGUUUUUUUCCGGUACGACUUGAGGUGAGAACAUUCUACAUGUACCUUGUCCCGGCCUUUUUUAAACACUUCGUCUUCCUUUCUUAGAUCGUAUCGCACUGACGUCCCUUCCCUCAUCGCCUUGGGAGUGUUGUUUUGGGGUGCUGUACAAGUUGUUAGUUAAGAGAGUUUAUAAAUGCAAGAGCACGCUAUGUUUCGAGAUGGCUGCGUUAUGUCAAAGCGAAUGUGCAGCAGUCGAAAAAUGAUCGAAAAUUUCCUUUUAUGUCUGCGUUUGCUGAAAGGUGUUCGCUGCGAAACUGGACGCUUUUCGAAGCGCACAGGCGGGGAAAUGUCGCCGACAACGCCGCCGCCUGCAUUGCUGCGGACGUUUCCUUAUUUCUGCCUGUGUGCAUUUAUUUUGCAGCAAGCACGCCUUUCAGCGAAAAGUGAGAGGGCGAUACAGUCGCCCACGCUUUUUCUUUUGUACGUUUGUUUUUUUACACUAUCAAACCUUAUUCCGACACAUUGCAUGGGUUUUCCGUCAUUUGUCGUCUCGUUUCACUCUUCCGUAUCAGUUUUGCAAGGAGUUGUGAUAAAUGCAGGGAACGAAUGGCGUUUUUUGAAGUUGCCUCGCACUUUGCCCUGUUGUUAAAGAGCAACUUGUUAUUAUAUAAUAAUUAUUGAACACAAAACUGUGUACAUAAGGGCCAAAUGUCCGUGCAAGGACAGUUCCCACUGUUGUCUGCUCUCUUUGUAAUAAAAUGAAGAAACUUCACUCGGAAAA